AUGCCUGUUGUAAUGGUUCCUAUCCACUUCGAUCGCCCUCCUACCGAACGGCCAUUUAUUACCUCAGAUUUCAUGACUGGUAUUGCAGCACCGCCAGGAAGGGAUAUCCGAGAAGAAGAAUGUUUUGGAAAUGGUGCGACGAAUUGUAACCCACGUCAAGGGGACUUCGCGAGUCAUGAUUGA